GCGGAUCGAGCAUUUCCUGCAGUUCGUCUGGACCAGCCGCUUCCAGCGCAUUGCGCUGGUCGGCCACUCGUUAUGGUUCCGUGCGCUCAUCGACAUCGCCGCCGACGCUAAGGAGUCGGCGAAGCUGGCAAACGCGUCGGUGUGGCAGCUCACGCUGUCGCCUCCAGAGGCGGCCGGCGCCGUGCCCAAGAUUGCCCGGUGGAGCAUGCUGUUCGCCCCGGCGGGGAAGCUGCCCGGCAAGGAG